UUUUUUUUCUCUCUUUCUGUGGAGGAGAGAGAGCGCCGUAUUGCGCCAUUCCUUUUGUUCGCUCAAAAUCUCACUGCUACUCUGGCAGCUCGUCAUGUCAUGUGGAUGCGGCUGGUGAAUUCCAAUGUCGCGACCUUCCGUCACCGCCGCUUCCUCCUCCAUGCACCACCAAGAUGUUUUGUGGCCAAUAACCAUGAGAUCAAGGGAACAAAUGGAGUCUGGACCUUAUCCUGUUCGUGAAGGUGAACUGGAUUGUUCAUACUACAUUAGAACAGGAGUGUGCCGGUUUGGGCCUACAUGUCGAUUCAACCACCCCCCCAACAGGAAACUGGCUAUUGCAACAGCAAUGAUGAAAGGUGAAUACCCAGAAAGGAUAGGACAACCUGAAUGUGAGUAUUAUUUAAAAACGGGGACAUGCAAGUUUGGAGGCACAUGCAAAUUUCACCAUCCUCGAGACAAAGCUGGGAUUACCGGACGAGUUGCCUUAAAUGUUUUGGGAUAUCCACUUCGCCCGAAUGAGAUAGAAUGUGCAUAUUAUAUAAGAAAUGGACAGUGCAAAUUCGGGAGCACUUGUAAAUUCCAUCAUCCCCAGCCAUCAAACAUGAUGGUCUCUUUACGUGGUUCUGCUGUAUAUCCUGCAAUUCAUUCUCCUACAACCAAUCAGCUGUCAUAUCCAUUGUCAAGAGCUUCUUUUAUUGCCAGUCCAAGGUGGCAAAGCCCUUCAAGUUAUACACCACUUGUCAUGCAACAGGGAGUGGUAUCUGUCCCUGGAUGGAACAUAUACAGUGGUCAACCCAGUUCAGCUCUAUCUUCUGAAAACCAACCCCCUUCAGCAGUAAACAUCCAGAAUGAUGGAGCGUCACAUCAGGGAGACUCUGGAAAUAUUGCAUCUGAGUAUGGUUCUGUACCAAUGGGAUAUUAUACAUUCCAAAAAGAUAAUGUAUUUCCUGAGAGACUAGGUCAGUCGGAAUGCCAGUUUUAUAUGAAGACUGGGGACUGCAAAUUUGGUGCAGUUUGUAAGUUUCACCAUCCUAAGGAAAGACUGAUUCCUGUUCCUGACUGUCACUUGAGUCCAAUUGGACUUCCUUUACGCCCGGGGGAGCCUGUAUGUGUAUUCUACUCACGAUAUGGUAUCUGCAAGUUUGGUCCGAGCUGCAAGUUUGACCACCCCAUGAGAGUUUUUGCAUACGAUACACCUGCAUCAUCAUCAACUGAUUCUGCAGCCAUUCGCCGUUUUUUGGCCUCUUCACCGGGAACAGUUCCAGCAAAUUUCUCCUCAGAUGGACUCAUGGAUGGAAGCUACACAAACAAUAGGCGGCUUUCCUUGUCAGAGGCUAGACAAAAACCCUCGGGUGACAAUAACGCUGACUCAGAGUGAAAAUGUUUCUUCCAAAAGUAAUCGAGUUAUUGCCUUAUAUAAUCUUGGAAGAUAAAUAAAUAACAGCUUCCUGUAAAUUCAUUUCCGUGGCUGGAGAUGUACAGAAUUCAAUUCCAAGUCAAUCUGCUUUUCUGAAGAUGCAGUUCAGUUGACUAGAUUCACUUCUUAAACUUGCUGCUAUGUAAAAGUCUGCAAAUGUUGUCACAUUUCUUAAAGGCAGUAGUGGAUGAUUCCUUUUUUUGACAGCCA